CAUUUGAUUUCCUCCCCCACCUUCGUUUCUUGGUUCUUUCGUGCUCGAAUAUUAUAGUCGUUCUCGAAUCCCAUGCGAGUUCUCGAACCAGUUUUGUGUGUGCGAGUGUGUGAAACCCACUGGCUUUCUAGGGGGUGAAGGGAACAUCAUUAUUGGUUUCCCGUCCUCUCGCUUCUUCUCCCCUGCUUCGGUUCUGGCUUAGCAGCAGCACCCUGUUCUGAAACUUCAUGCUCCUUUUUUUUUUUUUUGGUUGUUUAAUUUCUAUUGGUGUUGAUCUUCCGUUCGUGGUUCGUGAGGUUCUAGUGUUUUGGUUUCCCGGGAGUGUCGAAAUAGCCGGCUGAGUUCCUUCUCGGGUUAGCUAUUUAAUGCCUUGUGAUACCGUUGUUCAACAUUCUCUUGGUGCUUCAUACGAGCCGGGUGUUGCUAUUUUGUGCUACUAGGUUUGGUGGUUUGUUGUUUUUAGGACCUGGAUAUGACUGCACUUCUGAGAAAGUUCUUGCCUGUUGUUAGUACAGUCCCUAAAGAAGAAAAUGACGAUGGAGAUUAUAGCCUUGAGUACUCCAUCGCUUUGGAGUACAAAGGCCCUAUCUUCUCUGGUGAUAUUCCUCAAGCUCUACCCGUCAACAUCGACGAAAUUCCGACGGCUGCUGUUUUCCCGGCGGAGUCGUUGUUGCUGGAUAGGUCAUUGCCGAUCAUUCAGCCCAUUAGGAAGAGAGAUUUCAACCAGAAAUUGUUCAAGGAGCUGGGAAUAAGCAAAGAGGUAUUCUAUUCGGCUCAUUCAAUUGAGCCUUCAGUUGGUAAUGCGGGCUAUGGCACUCGCGCGCUUGGCAAUGGAAACGAUACCUCCCUUAAAUCAGCAGGUGAGUUAGAUAGUUCUAGAGGUAGUGAUCAUGAGGAUGAACGUGUUUCUAAGUCAUCUGAUUCGGUCGAGGGUGAGACGAAUAUUAUAGCUGAACCGAAAUUACCUGAUGAUUUUGCGGAAGCCAAUAUGCAAAUGCAAUCUGCAGAUUCCGCUCCUCCCCGCCCGUCCUCGAACAAUUUGUCCCAAAUGGAGGAGGAUUCUGAUAAUGAGAUGCCCCGCCACGCCAAGAAACCAUCUGCUGUCACUUUCAGAGAUCCGGACUCAGCUGAUAUUUUUGACGAAGAAUCGGUUUUUAACGAGGUCGACAGUUUCCCUGUGAAGCAAAGAGCUGAAAAUAAUGGAAAGAAAGGGUCAUGCUACCGCUGCUUUAAAGGGAGUAGAUUCACAGAAAAGGAAGUUUGCAUUGUUUGCGAUGCAAAGUAUUGUCAGAAAUGUGUAUUAAGAGCUAUGGGAUCUAUGCCUGAGGGAAGAAAAUGCGUCACCUGCAUAGGCUUUAGGAUCGAUGAAAUGAAGCGAAGUAACUUGGGGAAAUGUUCUAGAAUGCUAAAGUGGCUAUUGCCAGAAUCAGAAAUGAAGCAAAUAAUGAGUUCUGAGGUAUUGUGCCCAGCAAAUCAAAUCCCUCCAAACCUUGUUUAUGUGAAUGGCGAGGCUCUUGAUGAUAAAGAGUUGCUUUGGCUGCGGGGCUGCCCAAAUCCUCCGAAAAAGCUAAGGCCAGGAUACUACUGGUAUGAUAAAGUAGCUGGGUUUUGGGGUAAGGAGGGGCAGAAACCAUGCCAAAUAAUCAGUGCCCAGUUAAAUGUUGGGGGUUACAUCAAAAGAGAUGCUAGCAACGGAAACACAGAUGUAUUGAUUAAUAACCGGGAAAUUACGAAAGAAGAGGUUUGGAUGCUCAAGUCAGCUGGAAUUCCAUGCGAAGGAAAACCUCAUUUUUGGGUGAGUGCAGAUGGAUCCUAUCAGGAAGAGGGGCAGAAGAAUGCUAAAGGCCGUAUAUGGGACAAGACUAAGACAAAGCUAGUCUGUGCAAUCUUGUCUUUGCCAAUUCCUCCAGAUAAUGCAAAAUCUGGUGAAGAAACGACCAAAGACAGCCGUGGCCAGAAUGAUCUUCAUCACAAACUGCUUCUGGUCGGCUUUGAUAAAUCCGGCACAAGCACUAUAUUCAAGCAGGCCAAGAUUCUGUAUGGUGUCCCCUUUUCUGAAGAUGAACGUCAAAAUAUUAAGCUUAUGAUCCAGAGCAAUCUAUACUGCUAUCUGGGCAUACUGCUCGAAGGACGUGAGAGAUUUGAAGAGGAAACUUUGAAGGGGAAGGGGAAAAGCCCGUUAAUUGACCAACCCAGUUCUUCGGGGUGCAAACAGUUCGAAAGAGGAAGCUCAAGGGAGAAGGGAAAAGGAGUGACGAUCGAUGGAUGCCGCUCUUCAGAGAAAAUGUAUCCGAAGGAAACUAAGUUGACCUAUUCCAUGGGCUCAAAGCUAAAAGCAUUCUCAGAUUGGCUUCUCAAGGUAAUAGCAUCUGGCAAUCUAGAAGCCAUCGUUCCUUCUGCCAGUCAUGAAUACUCACCUCUUAUUGAGGAACUGUGGAAGGAUGAAACCAUUCAAGCCACAUACAACCGAAGGAACGAGUUAGAAAAGCUCCCUAGAGUGGCUACAUAUUUUCUUGAGCGGGCUGUUGAGAUUUCAAAAGAAGAGUACGAGCCCUCUGAUAUGGAUAUUCUGUAUGCAGAGGGAAUCACCUCUUCUAAUGGUCUUGCUAGCAUGGAAUUUUCAUUUCCCACGCCAGCAAAAUCAGAUGGAUACAUCGACUCUAUCGAUCAGCGCUACAGCAAGAUGAGGUACCAACUCAUCAGGGUGCAUCCUAGAAGCCUAGGGGAAAACUGCAAGUGGCUGGAGAUGUUUGAAGACGUUAAUAUCGUCUUGUUCUGCGUCUCAUUGACAGACUACGACGAGUCCUAUGAGGACAAUAAAGGAUUACUAAUAAACAAGAUGAUGGCGAGCAAGCAGCUAUUUGAAAGCAUCGUCACUCAUCCGACCUUCUAUAAAAAGGACUUCCUUUUGAUUAUGAACAAGUUCGAUCUGCUCGAAGAAAAGAUUGAGCAGUCUCCUUUAACUCAAUGUGAAUGGUUUUGUGAUUUCCAUCCAGUGAUCAGCCAUAACCACAAUAAUGGGACUUAUGUUAAUCCGGCUCCUUCAUUGGCACAACGUGCUUUCCACUACAUGGCAGCGAAGUUCAAACGGCUCUUCCAUUCGCUUACCGAACGCAAGCUGUAUGUUUCCCUAGUUACGGGACUUGAGCAGGAUAGUGUAGAUGAAUCUCUUAAGUAUGCGAGGGAGAUUAUGAGUUGGGACGAAGAAGAUAUCACAAUCAUCAACGAGGAAUCUUCUGCAAGUGUGGAGACAAGCACCUCUUAGUUUUUUGGUCUCUUUUAUAGUUUUUCACUCUCACAAUCGGCGACAAUCUGGUUAUGCCUAGUUAAGAAGGCGUGGCUCCACAAACUUUAGUCGAUAUAUACUGGCACAUAGGUAAAUCUUAUGAAGUGGAAUAGCUUCGUUUUUUUAUUCUUUCUUAUGAUGCAUUCAGAAGAUGUACUCAUGUAAAUGUAGAAUGAAAUGCAUCUCUUACAGUAAACUGUUCUCGGGAUGAAUGAAUGAAGGAACUAUUUUGGCCA